CGAGAUCUUCUUUCGCGUUUUCUCUUUUUCGAGGGCUCCCGCAAGCUCCCACACAGCUCCAAACAGCUCAUAAAAUCAACAAACAAGGCUUCCGAAAACAAACACUUGACACUGCAGUGUUAGAAAAUCAAUACUCUGGCUAGUUUGGACCUUGACACCUUGGAAUUCUGCUCAUUUGCCUUCCAUCACUGAAAUCUCAGUUCACCCUCUCUCCCAUCAAUUUUUUUGCACAACCUGCAUCAGUGUUGCCGCCCAUCAUGAUGCUUCUUCGAACCUUGUUGCCCCUCCUCUUGGUGGCAGUUACCCCUGUGGGUGGUUUCAACUAUGACUUGUUCAAAGUAAAAGGAGUCUCCUUGACUGAUGUUGAAACUCUCAUCCCGGACAUCAAGACGAUUUUCGUCAAUGAAAUCAUGUAUGUCAAGGCAACGGGAGUUACCUGGGAAGUCAAGGAAGACGGCGACGAUCCAGGCAGUGAUAUGUUGCGCUGGGAAACCUACGUGGGAGAUCAACUCCAGCAAACUGGAACCUUUAACUUGUCUUCUCUGGAGGAUCGCGAGUUGCCCGAUGAAAUUGAAUGCGGCAAUCUUACCGUGACAGAUAAGGGACGCCAUGAAAUCCGUGUCCACCUUUUUAUUGACUCUAGCAACGCCACGGCCAGUCAAGAGUAUGAAGCCUUUGGAGCUGCGGCUGCCAUUGUGCCCUUAUUGGUCGUCCUGAUCUUGGCCCUCAUGACACAAAUGGUGGAAUUCUCUCUCUUCUUUGCCAUUUUUGUCGGGGCCUGCAUGGUGACAGGAAAUGUCAAGGAUGGAUUCAAGACCUUGUUGGAUGACUACAUUUUGAAUGCUCUUGCUAGUGUUGAUCAUGGAUAUGUCUAUUUGUUCACACUCUUCCUCAGCGGAAUGGUUGGAAUGAUGGAAAAGAGUGGAGGUAUGCUUGGCUUUACAAGAGCCAUUGGAAAAUACGCCAAGACACCACGUGCUGGACAGUGUGCUACAUUCGUCAUUGGAAUUAUGAUCUUCUUUGAUGACUACGCCAACACUCUGUUGGCUGGAGAGACUAUGCGCCCUUUGACCGAUUUGCUGUUUGUGUCCCGUGAAAAACUGGCCUUUGUGGUGGAUGCAACUGCCGCCCCCGUUGCCUCCUUGACCCCAAUCAGUAGUUGGGUUGGAUUCGAAGUGUCAUUGAUCCAAGCCGAGAUCGAGAGAAUCUCUAAGAUUGUCGGUCCUGAAAACUUGACGAUUGAAGAUUCUGGUUUGGCUGUCUUCCUCCAGACUAUCAAGUACCGCUACUACCCCAUCUUUAUGUUGAUGCUUAUUCCACUCUUGAUCUUUAGCAAGCGUGACUUUGGCCCCAUGUUGAUUGCGGAACGCAAAACACAAGUUUAUGAACGCACCGAUGGUGGAGACGGAAAAGGAAAGGGAGACAAUGAAUCAAUGGAGGCCAAGGAAAAUCAACCCCGUCCAGAUACCCCUCAGAGAUCCUGGAAUAUGCUUAUCCCCAUCAUAUUGUUGGUGUUCUUCAUCUUCUACCUCCUCGUUAGAACUGGAGAUGAUGGAACCGGUGAACAGACUUUCCUGAAUAAAAUUGAAAACAGCAACUCCUACUCGGCUCUGCUGUGGGGAACCAUGGCCGCUGCUAUCUUGUCUGGGCUAAUGUUCUUGUUCCAAACUGUGCAAGAUGGGGAGCUUGUUCUUCCUACUUGGCCAGUAAUCAAGGCACUCUUCUUUGGCAUGCCCGACACGAAUGCUGACGAGAUCGAGGCACUGAACAAAGACGGAGCUGUCGUGGGUGGCGACAUUGAAAAGGAAGAAGCUGGCCAGGAUGUUGUGCAGGUUCCCGAACUCUUUUCAUCUAGGCCCCGGCCUCUCAUGUCCAUCUUUGAGAGUGUGGAAGCAUUCCUCUAUGGCAUGGGUCGCAUCUUUCCAGCUUUGAUUGUGUUGACCUUGGCUUGGGCUUCAGGUGCCAUCAUGAUUGCUGUAGGGGCCGACCGCUUGUUUAGCCGCUGGAUCACUGGCGGAGUCUCCGCGGAAGCCUUGCCCACUCUAUCCUUCAUCAUCUCCGCCUUCAUGGCAUUGGCUACUGGAACUUCAUGGGGGACUAUGACUAUCCUCUUCCCCUUGAUCUGUCUCCCAACUUACCAAGUUAGCAACGGCGACCCGACAAUCUUCUACGCUACUGUUGCCGGCAUCCUAUCCGGGUCAGUCGCAGGUGACCACGUUAGUCCAAUCUCUGACACCACGGUCCUCUCUUCCUUGGCCAGUGACUGCAACCUUCUGUCCCACGUCGUGACCCAAGCACCGUAUGCAAUCGCAAUGGCAAUCCUGGCAAUCCUCUUUGGAACUUUGCCCAUUGGUCGCGAUGCCUGGCCAAACAUAGUUGGCAUCUUGUUGGGGGCGUUGACAAUUGCCUUGUUUGUGUACCUCCUCUGUGCCCCCGUCAUAUCUCCCACGGGACGUUUUGAUAUCUUCACGCAGCUUUGGGUUCGAUACAAGGGCGAAAACUCACCACUCCACAAGCUUCAAGAGGACACUAUUGCAGCCUAUGAGAAGUCCAUGGGUGGUGUUCCCGAUGUGACAGCAGAAGAACCCGACUAUACCAAAGACUCGCAUCCUGUGCCACCCGAGGACAUGGAGGGUGGCGUCGACAUGGAUGGAGUAGAUAAAGAACCCAAGGAUGACAGCGAAGCAAGCGGAAAACCAAGGUGGGAAGCUGAGAUCUCUGCGUAGGACCCAAUGGCAUGAAACUGCCAUGACAGGCAGUCAUUGGGCAAAGGCGGCCUUUCUUUAUGUUUGCUUGUGAUGUUAGCCACCAAUCGUAGCCUAAACAGCCAGUGUGCCUCCGAGUAACCUCUGUUGUAUAAUACACAAUCUUGUGUUAAUCUUUUUAUCCAGAUAGCUUCUACGUUCCAGCUUCUUUGGCUUCGGUGCUAAGAGUUUCUUUUGGAGUUAGAAGA